AUGAUCAACUGCCGAUGCCAGUCCACCGCCGGAAUAUCAGGUUCGUCAGUGUCGACGCGUCAUUUUCGGGCGAAUCCACAAACCUGCCCGGUAUGCUCAUACGUCGGUUCUUCGCAACGUCCCUCUGAGCCCAUCAAUCCGACCGCCGGUCAAAAUCACAACGAGACCCUUGGCAGCUUCAUUGAAGCCCUCCGGCGUCAAGACGCCGAGUUGAGCCCCGAUUUUCUCGAAUCCCAUGAGACUGCAUAUGAUCAGGCUUUCCGCAUCUUCUUUAAUUCCAGAUGUCAUUGUGCACGUCGGUCCGAGGUCAAUGAGCCAGAACACACCCAUUCCCUUCAAGAGAGCGUGCAGUAUUUGCAGGGCUCCCUCCCUCCUCUGUCGACGGUCUUUGGCGAGGCUGGUUCUUAUGAUCCCAGUAGCUUCCUCCGACAAUGGAAGGACUUCCUGGCAAGUAAGCCGAGCCAGCCGCUUUCUUUCCGCAAGUCGCAGAUGCACCUUCUCCCUCCAGACGAACCGGAGCUGUUACUAUCUAGGCAAUGGGACAUUGAUAGUAUUUGGUUCGGGGCAACAGGUCUACAGGCAAUUCGACCGCCUAAUGACUUCCGCCUGUCUUUUCUGCCCUCUCUAGCUCUAAAUCUGUCACGCGACGAGGUGAUUCAGCCUCAUGGGCUGGAACUGGCAAAGACAAGGCAUAUCAAGUUUGGUACCUUUAACACGCAUAGCGUACGCUUCUCCGCCUUUCUCUUUUUCCCGAAUGCAGCUCCCGAUUCAACAUCGGCGACUCGGAAUGCUCUCUCACUCGAGCGACAGAAGGAUCUUUACGACCAUAUCAUCAUUCCGGCAGCCUAUGAGGCCGUGUCUGAUCCUUGUCGCCAGGAGAUACCGCGAACGUACGACAUGGCGUAUGCGAAGUCCCGUUCCUUCCAAGAGAAGCCCGGAAACAACCGAUGGAAGCCAGAUGAUGUCAGUAGAGCAGUCCAUCUUCAAUACACGAUUCCAGCGGAAGAUCUCCCACUUUUUUGGAACCUAGUGGUUGAGAAAGCAAACUCAUUCCAGCUCACCACGAAGAGCGGAGAACUGGUGUCAUAUUUCAAGGACCCUCGAUUGCUAUUUCAGUCUCACGACCUAAAGAACACUUUCGGAAAAGGGACACUCAGCGAGUCCUUGGACAGCUUCGAAUACUCUGUCCUCCGGGCUUUUGACCCUGCGCAUCUGGAUGUUCACUCCUGCUGGAUUGACAUUGGGGCCCGUGAUUAUGUUGCGAGUGUUCCGCCCCACGAUAUUUCGGGACGAGGGCCUUUCACUGUUCUAUGGAAGAGCCAAUGCCAUUCCUAUCUUCAUGAGCAACUCUCUAAAAUUGCGCCUAGGUCUCACCUGAACGCUGUGGAUUUUCAACGGUCUCUGCUUCGCGAUAUCGGGGAUUAUCAAGCCAAGGCGAAGCGCACUCGAGCCUCAAACCCAGGUCAUCCCCAUGAGCGCAAGCCGGGGGUAAUUCGCGCCAAGGCAUAUAGCUGCCAUAAAGAACUCUUCUCUGUCAUGUUUAGUGACUACGACCUAUUUGGGUUAGGUUUUCUUCCGCUUCUCGCUCUAGAUGAGGGCAUGAUCAACGAUCUCUCCUCAGCUACCGGUAAUCAAGGUCGCCAUCAAGCACCCAACACCACGCAAGUCCGGCGUGACGCCCUAUUGAAAGCAUGGGAGGCUAACAAGCGGCACUUGAGAGCUACUUCGGACGCAAGAGCUCUCGCCAACUAUGGUAUUCGGAAGGAAAUGACUUUUCGGCUUGAUGUGAUUGUUAGAAUGUGGCAUCGAGGCUAUUUUGAGCCAAAUCAGAGCCCCCAUGUGGGCCAUCGGUCUUUCAAGGUGUCAGGCGCGUCCAGUGGUGCGGGACAUGACCCAUUCUGGGUUGUUUCCACCAAAGAUAUCAAUGAUCUUAUAUUCACCCAGGCUGCAAGACUCGUCCUCCCGCUGGAUCACUUGUUUCAACAGGCGUCUCAUUCUGCCAACAUCUCUCCACCUUCCCUGAUUCUCGCUUUUUAUACUGCCCAGCUCUUCUGCCGACUUCUCACUUACGCACUCGCAAGUAAGGAGCGUUUCUCAUACGACAACUGGAUUUGGCUGUCGCAGUGGACUGUUCAGAGUCGUCGAAUCCCCCACGCCAAAUUUUUACUAGAGCGACGGGGCCUUGGGCUAGAUCUGUCUAUUCAGGACUCUGGGAUGCUUUGGAUCCCCCCCUCAAGUCUAGACUGGCAUAGCGGACACAUUGCCUUAGAGACCCUCAUCCAGCUCUACAUCCCUCGGAAUCCUUUCCAGCGCGGCCUUGUAUCUCAAAUGAGUGUUCAGCGUCUUUCAGUGUCCAAAGUCGCAAUCGAAAUAUCUUUGCGGCAGUUGCUUCAGCAUGCCCGUUCCGAAUUUGAAAACGGUCGUCGCCACACGGCAGAUGAGUUGGUUGAGAGAAUCAUUUGCCUAGCUACCGAAGAGGUUGCUCGGGCUUACCAUCAGCAUAUGCUUUCCAAAUUGCAGCUGUACUGGGGGCGCCUUCGCAAAAAAGUCGGACACAAUGUCCUACCCUGCCUUAUGCGACUGCAGCGAAGCGAAGAGGAGUCGGCUAUGCAGACGGGUCGCAUCGUCACAGCACAGACGAUAUGGGAGAUUUACGAUGAGGCUUGGACUGCUUACAUUCGAACUCACCCUAAUUCUGACACCGAAGACAUACCGGGAGAUGUACCCUUAUGGAUGGGAACGCGCAAGUAUCUGCCCCCGGACGACAGCUGGUCAAGUUCUGUGUUUAAGCGUCUUUUCAACCGUCCGAAAAUUUCAUCUUGGUACGGCCUAUACUUCCUUGAACUCUAUCAGAGGGUUAAACGGCUCUGGGAAACCAUUGAGGAUUAUGCGGGUCCAUUUGAUGAACGGUUCAGUCGCAUUAUUGGUAACUACAUCAUGGUCACUUUCAACAGUGAUCCGACCAAGGACGUCGCUAUUGACCGCAGGCCUGGGGCUGGGUAUCAAAGAGCGACAUUUUUUCGGAUACAGUACUGGGCUCCUUAUUUCUCGCCGCGUGAAUGUACUACUCUUACGCCUUGGGGCUCAGUCAAUGAUCAUCAGCAUCGGAACCCUUGUAUCCCACCAACCACGAUGUCAAGAGCCAUCAACGUCACGGAGUUCCAGAACCAUUCUAACAGUUUCAUGCAACUAUGGACACGGUUGAUCAGUCAUCACAACCAGCUACGCGAGGCUAAAAUUAGGGAACGGAAUCGAAUUUGUAAACAAGCUAUGGAAUGCUUGGUCGACCUUGUUGGGCCCCAAUGGAGCCAUGAGGACGAUCUGGCAUUUAUAAUGCCCUGGAAAUUUCGUAACUCCACGGCGGGAGACGGACAGCGCGAGGACCCAUUCCGUCUUCCCAUUCUGGCAAAGUCGACUCGGUUUUCGACUAGACCCAACCAGCCCACGAUCCUGUUACCGUCUCGCCAUAAUGCCAUGGCCCUGGUCAGCGCGAUUGAAUCCCUGCCUCAACUUGAUCAAACGAUCCUUCGGCGAGCGAAAUGGAUCCGCGAGGUGCUCAAUAAUAAUGGCCAGCAAUAUGAUAUGCGCAGUCACUUUGAAGCAAAGCAAAGAGAGAUGGAUGAUGUGGCUCUGCCCAAUUCGAUACUCCGGCAAUUCUUAGCUCGAACUGAGCCCCCUCAAAGAGAGAUUCAAGUCUUCGAUACCUUUGACGACAUUUGA